AUGGAUCAACGACCUAAUAUUCGUAUUUCCACACUUCUGCUCAAUAUUAUUGCUAAUAGCAUUCCUUUAAAGCUUAAGGAUGAUACUUUAAUCACCUGGAAAGCUUUAUUGUUACCUUUUUUUAAGAAAUUGCAGGUUGAAAAGUUCAUCGAUGGAUCUUUUCCAUGUCCUGAUCAAGGUAACACAAGAGCUCAACUAGCUGAAUAUCAAGAUUGGAUUGCAGAAGAUACUAUUAUUCUUCUAUGGAUACAAUCAACAAUAUCUGACUCUGUAAUUAGUUAUGUUGCUGGUGCUGAUACAUCUAGAGGAUUAUGGCUUAGCAUUCAAGAACGAUUUUCUCACACUUCAGCAACUCAUGUAAUUCAACUUCGUACCAAGCUUCAAUAUCUCAAGAUGAAUAGUUCUGUAUUAAAAUAUCUUAUGGAGAUCAAAAACAUUCAAGAUCAACUUGCAGCUGCAGGAUCUCAGAUUUCAGAUACUGAAAUGGUGGGAACUAUCUUAUCAGGCUUGCCUCUAGAAUAUAAUUAUUUUGCUACUUCUAUUCGAAUUCGUAAUCCUCCAGUAUUUAGCAAGGAAUUGUUCAAUUUGCUUAUGAAUGAAGAAAUUGUUGUCAACAACACUAAAACUGAUUAUGGGGCCAAAGCCUUUGCUGCUCAGCAAUAUCAGCAGUACCGACCUAAUUCUAGUUAUCCUCCUAGACCUUCAUACUCCAACUCAGGAUAA